AUGGCUGAGCUACUCCAGAGACGUUUUCCUCUGCUGUUGUCUUCCUCAUACGCUACCAUCACCAUCACCAUCACCAUCACCAUCACCAUCACCAUCACCUUCACCUUCACCUUCACCGUCGCCUUUGCCCUCGCCAUCGCCGUCACCACUUCCAUGCAACACGACUACCUCCGCAUCAGCGUUACGGAGCGUUGCAACCUGCGAUGUCUCUAUUGCAUGCCCGAGGAGGGAGUUGAGCUUUCUCCAGCUGUCAAGAUCCUCACAACUCCGGAAAUCAUCUAUUUGUCCUCCCUUUUCGUCUCUCAAGGCGUCACUAAAAUACGCCUUACCGGUGGCGAACCGACCGUCCGCAAGGAUAUCGUACAUAUGAUGCAACAGAUAGGGAGCCUACGUCGUGAUGGACUACGCGAAUUGUGUUUGACCACUAAUGGUAUUUCACUGCAUCGAAAACUGGAUAGCAUGGUAGAGGCUGGGUUGACGGGUAUCAACCUAAGUCUGGACACGUUGGACCCGUUUCAGUUCCAACUCAUGACCCGGCGUAAUGGGCUCGAAGCUGUGAUGAAGAGUAUCGCCCGUAUCCUUGAAAUGAAUAAGCAAGGGGCGGGGAUAAAACUGAAGAUUAACUGCGUAGUUAUGCGUGGGAUGAAUGAUGGGGAGAUUCUCCGCUUUGUCGAGCUCGGGCGCGAGAAGCCACUUGAAGUCAGGUUCAUCGAGUACAUGCCGUUCGACGGGAAUAAGUGGAACCAGGCGAAAAUGCUACCGUACAAGGAAAUGCUUACGAUCAUUCGGGAGAAAUACCCCAACCUAGAGAAAGUCGCUGAUCACAAGAAUGACACGAGCAAGACAUAUCGUGUUCCAGGAUUCAAAGGACGUGUGGGUUUCAUCACAAGCAUGACGCACAACUUCUGCGGAACUUGUAAUCGUUUGCGCAUCACCAGCGAUGGCAACCUCAAAGUGUGUUUGUUCGGGAAUGCAGAGGUAUCGUUGCGGGACAUGAUUCGAAAGGAAAACGAUGGGCAACCGAUCGAUGAGGAAGCCAUGAAAGCGCUCGGCCUGUUGGAGUCUGCCAAAAGGGCUGGUCAGGUCGAAUAUGGAGGUCUCGUCAAUGAGCGGGAAAGAGAGCUACUCAAUAUCAUUGGCAUGGCUGUCAAGCGGAAGAAGGCGAAACAUGCUGGCAUGGGAGAGUUGAAGAAUAUGAAGAAUAGACCUAUGAUUUUGAUUGGUGGAUAUGUCCGCUGCCUUGUACCACGCUUUGCGUUGCUCCCACUUUAUGUCAUCCAUGAAUCAGCCGAUAGUGCUAAUGGAUGGCUUUCUUAUUCAGAUGAACAUGGUAUUGCAGUCAGUGAGACUUCCAGACAAUCCCUAGGGACCGCGCGCUUAAAAGGCAAUACCCAUGGGCAUCUCGGUAAAACAUGCCCGAGUCCGCUUUGGUCUGCGAUUCCCACCUAUCUACUCCACAACACUUCCCUCCCACCACCGCAUUUCCGCCUCUUUUCAACGAAAUGCUCCGACAACACAGGCACACCACUACCACCACCAACCACACAAUUACCAAAAGCCCACUCGUCCACCAAACCCUCCAUCCCUGAUCUCCCAGUGGCCUCCGACCCGUCCCUGCCGCACCUCACCCCUUCCCAAACUGUCCACAUGACCUCCAUCUCACAUAAAGCUGAGACUACCCGCGUUGCCACUGCCAUGUGCCGCGUCAUCUUCUCCAAUCCAAAGCCGUACUCCCUCCUAACGACGGCGGAGGGCUAUACGAAGAAAGGCGACGUGCUCUCUGUCGCACGCAUUGCAGGGAUCAUGGCCGCGAAGCGGACGGCAGAUUUUAUCCCGCUGGCUCACCCAGGGCUGGGGAUUACGGGAGUGGAGGUUGAUAUUCAGGCAUGCGCGCCGGAGGAUGCCUUUGGACAUCCAAUGUCUGAUGGGGAGGUUUUGUCCGUGAACAACAGCAGCAGAUCAGCGCCAGCUGCUGUGAUGACGACAGAGGAGUUGAUAACCUCCGCCGCUCACCCGCACGGCAGCAUCGUGAUUACCGCGACGGUAUCUUGUCAUGGACGGACGGGCGUGGAGAUGGAGGCGAUGACUGCGGUGAUGGGGGCAGCAUUGACAGUGUAUGAUAUGUGCAAGGCGGUGGAUAAGGGGAUGGUGGUGGGCGAGGCGAGAGUGGUGAGGAAGACUGGGGGCAAGAGUGGGGGGUGGGAGUGGGGGGUCAAAGUUGAGGAUGAGAGCGGGGAGGGCUAA